CAUUGGAUACAUUGUAACUGAAAAUGGUUAUUUCCAGGUGGAUACAUUGUAGCCAGAUUCCAGAGACAGUGUCCAGCCGCUGGGAUACAUUGUAACUGAAUGGGAAGGGAUUGUUGUAACACCCCCCGAAAACUUGCUACAAGGCAGCCGGGGGUGGCAAGGAAGAGAGUUUGCUGGUCGCUGUUGCCUGUGUGUUUCUGGUUACUGUGGAUGCAGGAGGCGGGGUAUUUCAAAUUGACAACAAAAGAAUGAUUUCGGACACUUCCAGCCAGCAGCAAGUGGUAGGAUUUCUCAACCCCGCUUUUGUAGCGUGCCAGGGCAAAGAGUGGCAGGCCAUUGGGGCACUCUGUCUCCUGCUGAUCCCUCCCAUUUUUGCUGCAUGUGAUUUGUGGAACAUACCCAGCCUGGCUCCCGAGCGCACUGUGUAACUGACAAAUGGUUGAUUUCACUGUCAGCUGGAGGGACCGGCACCACAGGACAGGGGUAAACGGGAUUCGGCAGAGCCGCGGGCUAUUGCAGUCUCCACCCCUCACCCUGUCUGACCUGGACAGCGGUUUGGAAGCACCGAACAGGACCCGAAGAUCUCCGCUCCGAUUUCAGGAUUCUCUGCCCGAGGACCUGAAAUGCUUUGAUCCGACCUAUCCCUGCUGCAUCGUGGACGGUGUGGGGGCUGUUAAUGCUAAAUGGAAGGAGCCACUGCGAUUUGCUCGGAGACUCUGCUAUGAUCUGUCUGACAGUGGCAGGUCUCCCUUCACCAACAGUGAAGAGGUCCCUGGACCGUAUGACCGAUUGAUAGCCAGAAGGAGGCGCUCUUUGUCUCAUCUUCCAGAUGCCUGUCAAGCAGAUGUACCUCCCUGCCUAUUCCCCAAAGGCCUGGAAUGGGGCCAGUCUGAUGUGAACCUCACGGCCUGCCUGUUGGACAGUGGGAAGAAGCGGGCACAAUUGGUGGACCACCUGAAAGAGGCACACCAGCUUUUGGAGGGGCAGUCUGAACAGCUGAGGAAACGCAACGGUCAACUGUUGGAGAGCAAAGCCAAGAUUGAGUUGCUUUCUGCCAAACAGAAACAAUUGGAAAAUUCAAUUUCUCAACUAGAAGGGGAGAAGAACAUGCUGGAAAUGUCACGACUUGAAGAUCAGAAGAGAGGUGGAGUGCUGCAGGAUAAGGUUUUGCAUCUGGAGGCAGAAAUGGCCAAAACAAAAUCAUCUCUGGAUCUCAUCAGCAGCAGCCACGGGCCUUCGCCUCCCCCUCUCUCAUUCCCCUCGGCCAAACUGGAGGAUGGAGCUUUGAAACAGGAUGGCUUGUUACGGGAGCUGCAGUCUGUGCGGGACACCCUUCGAAUAUAUCAAGAACGGGUGAGGAGCCUGGAGGAGGAGCGAGACAAAGCCAGAGAAGACUUGAGAAGCUUUGAGGAGGCUCAACACUUGACACUCAUGACAACCAAUCAGGCCAAUCAACGACUGAAUGAUUCCUUGCGAGCACAGACGGGUCUGCAUGAUGAGGUGAAUCAGCUGCGCCUCAAGUACAGUGAAGUCAGUUUGGAGAGAGGUGUGCUCUCUUCGAAAUCAGUGAGACUGGAAGAGACCGUGGCCAACCUGAGAACGCAACUAACAACUGCAACAGCAGACAAAGACCGAUUACUGCAGGAAAAGCUGGAAUUACACAAACAGGUCCGGCACUUGACUCUAGAAUUGGAGCGAACCCUGAAAGGGAAGGAAGGCUUUGACGAGCAAGUUGCUGAUCUGCAUAUGGAAUUGGUGAGCACUAAAUCUCAGGCCAACAGACAAGACCAGGAGAAAGUCUUGCUGCAAGAAAAACUAGCAACCAUCAAACAGGUGAACGACAGGCUGACCUCGGAGCUCGGUGAGUCCCGGCAGAGGCUAGGGCUGUGCCAGGACCAGCUCCACCAACUCCAGGCCGAGAAGACCAUCUUCAGCAACCAAAUUGAAGCUCUGCAGAUGGAGCGCAGCCACCUGGUCAGCCAGAAGGAGAUGUUGCUGACCGCUGUCCAGGCAGAGGACAAGAUGCACUUGGACGAGCUCCACACUCUGCGACGAAACUGCAAGGAGCUUCGGGCCUCAGAAGCUGAACUGAAGGAGAACAGGGGGCGUCUGGAGGUCGAGUUGCAGCAGAAGGCUGAGGAACUCACUGCUGUUACUCUGGAACAACAUCAGAUUGCACAGUACUGGAAGGGCAAAUGGCAAGAAACCGUGGCAGCUCUCAACGCCAAAGAAAAGGAGCUUCGACUGGCCAUUGUGAAACACUCACAAAAGAAUGAGAAGGCUGAUUCACCGGGAGAUUGUGAGAGCUUUGCAGCUGACCUGGAGGAGUUGUUUGAGCUGAGGGCCACUGUAACCAGGGUCACAGCAGAAAAUGUGCAGCUUAAAAAGCAGCAAGAGGAGAGCGAACGAAUCAUUCACCUCCUCCAGCUCCAGAGAGACAUCGCCAGUGAUACUACAUUGCAAGGUUCUCUGAAGGUCUCCAGUAACCUAGAGAAUCUCCACACAGAACUCCAGAAGAGCCACGACAGAAUACAUGAACUCGAAAAAGAAAAGAUUGAAAUGGAAACAGAAUUGAAGAAGCUCAAGUCAGAGAGUACCCCUCUGGCCCGGGUGGAGCUAGAUGCUUGCAAACAGGAACUAGAGCUUGAGAAGAGCCGGAGUCAAAAGCUGCAACAUCAGAUUUACGAGUUAAAACGGACUGCUGAGCUCGUGGAGCUGUACCAGUCGAGCCAAGCUACAACAAUGCACAAACUUUACCGGAGCCAGAUUGCCCGGAUUGACGGAAAUUCUGAUGAUCUGGAUCCAAACUGUAAUUGCUAUAAGCAUGAUGACGGUGACGGUGACAGAAUACUAUGUGAGGAUCAGCUCUCUGUAGGGUCAGACGAGAAUGAGGAACCCUGUAAUCAUCAUUCCAACCAAAAGACCACAAACAGUCCCUCCGCGCUUUUGCCACAGGACCUGCAGUCCAAGAUAUCGUCACUUCAGCAGGAACUUAAAGAUGCCAAGGUUAUUCAGAGGCAGCAGAACGCCAUUAUCCAGGGUCUGAAAGAGGAACUUGAAGAAGCCAAGUUAAGCAAACCAGGAGAAAUUAAGGCAUCCCUCGAGGAAGUGGAUAGCGAGCUCUUUCUGGUGCGAGAGGAGUUACAGAAGGUUUGGGACAUGCUGCACGCUCGCAAUAGUGAGUUGGAGGAGCAACAUCAGGAGCUGGAGUCCGCCAGAGGCCAGGUUGGUUAUUGGUUGGUGAAGAGGCCAGUGGAGACCGCCAGGAGUGACCCCCAAUACACAUACACUGAAUGUAGCUCGGAGAAUCAGAGGUUGGAACUGCUGGUCACUUCAUUAAAGCAAGAAAUUGCAGAAAAGGAGCAAGCAUUAAGGCAAAUUGAGAGGCUCAGAAAGACUGAGAAGACUGAACUCGAAAUUAAGAUUUCAUCGUUGGAACUGAAGUUGGCCGAAGUGGAAGUUUUGGGAGAACUUCACCAACAAAAGGGACUGAAUGAAGAAUCCGAGAAGCACCAGAGUUCUCCCAUUCGGAAGUGUGCUCGUUGUGAUUCCUUUAUGGAAGAAAUGAGCUCCAAAUUGCAAGAUUAUGGUACCAGGAACAGCGAGCUCCAGGCACAGCGGGACACAACCCUGAAAUCACUGAAUGAGGUGCAGGUCCUCACCAAGGGGCUGCAGGAGACACUGACAUUUGAACAACAAUUGUCUCAAACUCUCCAAAAGGAGAACAACAGCUUCAGCAAACGCAGCCAAGAAAUGACUGAACAGUUGGCCACUUUGGUGAAAGAGCAAGAAGAUUUGACUAAAGCUUACAGUAAGCUCCCAGAGAACAAGAAAGGGAAUGCCUCCAUUGAUUACUGGAUGCCCCGAUCACACCUUGUGCAGAACGUGGUCGAUAUGGUGAAGUCCCAAGAGGAGCAGAAACUGCACUUGGAGGAAGAGAAUCGGAGGUUGAAAGAAGACCCUGGUUUUCAAAGCUUCCAGAAGCUGGAAAAGGAGAUUCAGAGCCUGCAGCAACAUCUGGAUGCAAAAACAGAAAAGAUGACUGCCAUGGCUUGUGAAAUGGAAGCAUUAAGACACAAGAAUGAAUGUCUCAUGACAGCAAACAUGAAGGAUUGGCAACAGGUCCAGAGCUUGAGGGAGCAAAGUCAUGACUCGGUAAUCGCCGCCAUCCUGGGGGCUGUCCCAAGACCAUCCGAUGGUCAGCACUGCAAUCCGUGGGCGACACACUUGUUUCAGGAGCUCCAGCCUGAUCACCAAGGAGGGAGAGAGCCAUCCCCCUGUCAGAUGGGGGGCUUGACCUCACCCACAGCGACUCCUAGGGGGAAGGAUGGGCAACGGUACUCAGGUUGUUCCUUACCUGACCACGGCGCUCCCCGCACUGAGGCCUGGUUCAGCGGCAUGUCAACAAGGCUGCACAAGCAGUCAAAACAGGCCCACUCAGGAGACCGGCAUUCACCUGCUUUGACCCAGCGCAGGACUCCAUCUCCUCCUAGACCCAACUGUCCGGACCCCCCGCUGAAUGCGAGCAAGUCACCGCGUGAUUUCACCUCAGCCUCAGAAUCUCAGACUGAGGACGAGAAGUCGCAGGGAAAGGUGAUGACUCCUGAAAUGAAAUGUUCGCUUCUGCUGUCCCCUCGGCCUUUCAGAUUGCACAGGUCAAACAGGAAUAAAAAAUGACAUUCUUUGGUGAAGAACCGAAAUUAUUUUUAAAGCAAAUCGUGCAUCCUUUUAAAGAACCUAAAAGAUCAGAACUCAAUAAUCUUAAAGGGGGCACUGCCUUCAUGUAAUAUUGUAUGAUGUUAAUAUGCUGGAAUAUUUUGCUUUGGAAAGGAUUGCUCAUGUUUUAAGUCAUGAUUAUGUACGGUUCAACACAAUUUAAAUCAGUGUGCUUCAAGUUGGCUUCUAAGCGAGACACACACUUUGAUAAAUUGCAUGUUCACAGAAUUUUCAGACCAUUCAGCCCAUCGUGCCUGCACCAGUUCUCUGUGCAUUUUGACUUUGUGCCAUAUUCCCAUUUCCCACUACCCUGUUUCCAUUGCAAUAAUCAUCCAAUGCCCCUCUUGAAUGCAUGUCUCCACCUCACUUCUAGGCAAUGCAUUCCAGAUUGGAACCACUGUGUGUGUGAAAAAGACUUUUAUUUCAUCCUGAAAUCACUUCUUUUGCAAAAUGCUAUUUGUGCCCUCUGGUUCUCAAUCCUUUUAUGCGCAGGAAGCAUUUUCCUGAAACUGUGGGAGUGGACGAGCUAGUAUUUAGUCUGUAACAUUGACUGUAAUUUCAUGGGUGUCAGCAAGGAACACACUUCAAAGUUACAAAAAAGCAGGUUUUGGAAGUGUUGUUUUGUUGUUUAUUCAUAUGAAAUGAGGGCAUCGCUGCCUAAGCUAGCGUUUAUUUGCCCGUCCCAAAUUGUUUAUGGUGCCUGGGAGAGGAGGAGGAGGAGAAUGGUUUGGGUGAUACAUUGAGAUCGCAAACCAUUUGGCUUGAGAUCAGUCAGGAAGGUGCAGGUGGGAGCUGUUAAGACCACACCUUCAAUCUUUACUGGUUUUAGACUGUAGGAAGUUACAGCUUGAUUGGAAUUCUGGGCAAACAGUUUUCCCUUGUCCAAUGGUUCACGCAGAGAAGUGGUGCCAAUGGGCAAAUAGUGGCUUUACAAUGUUGAAUAUGUGGAUGUUCAAUUCCUUAUUAAUUGAUGGAUCUUUGGCAAUGAACAUUCAGAAAUGACAAUGUCAAGACCAAUGGUGGAGAUUUGCAGUUGAGAUCAAACAUGGCCAGCACAAGAUAACAGAUAUCUACCCUGCCCCACCCAUCAUCUUAAAGGGGUAUAACUAUUUCUCUCCAUUUUGAAUAACACAAUGCAAGGACAUAAGGGACAUAGCAAUUUUUUUAAGGAGGUGCAUAGGUACCAUUAUGUAGUAACCCUGUAGAGAUGGGUGUAAAAAGCCCCAGGUACUUUUCCUGUCUGUCUGCCCAAUGUUCUGGACAGCUUUCCCCAUCCUCUCCAUUAAUUGGUUGCUUCACCUUUCAACCCACCCGGACCUUGCAUAGGACUUAGUAACAAAAGCAGGCCAUUCAGCCCACCAAGCCUGUUCCACCAUUCUAACUCAGCCUUGAACAAAUUGAAAGACCCAGCCUUGAUCAUCUUUUUGUGAAGAGGAGCUGCUUUUAUCGCAUGUUUGUGAUGAGCAAGUUGGCUACCGUGCAAAGUGAUGUGCUUGGGGACACCCCAAGGACAUGAAAGGCGCUGUGGAAAUACCCUUGCUUCAUUAUGAAAGCUUGUGCAUGACUUGGUUUAGGGGCCUCAGCCUGAUUCCUGGUAGAUUUGCUCCCAAUAAUGUCCACUUCCCCGUGAUGUACUGAAAGUAACAGAAAUGCACUUCCUGAUGGCCAAUGAGCUCCAAGCUACAAGAAAUGGGAGCUGAUGUCUGUAUGAAGCAGAUUAAUGCCAGACAAUCCCUCUAUUAUAAUUAUAGAUUUACAUAAGGAUUUCUGUUGACCAGAAACUCAACUGGACUCACCACUUAAACACAGGGGCUUCACUCUCCGGGAUGAAGCAGCUUGCUUGAUUGACUUCACAUCCACAAGCAUCCGCUCCCUCCACCAGUGAUGCUCAGUAGCGAUAGUGUGUAGCAUCUACAAGAUGCAUUGCAAAAAUACACCAACAAUCUUUAGACAGCACCUUCCAAACCCACAACGGUGCCAUCCUGCAGGACAAGGGCAGCAGAUACAUGGGGACACUUCCAAGUUCCUCUGCAAGCCGCUCACCAUCCUGACUUGCGAAUAUAUUACCAUUCCUGCACUGUCACUGGAUCAAAAUCCUGGAAUUUCCUCUCUUGGGACAUUGUGAAUCUACCCACAGUCCAUGGACUGCAGUUGUUCAUGUAGGCACCUCACCAUCACCUUCUCAACAAUGGGUAGUGAACGUUGACCCAGCAACACCCACAUCUCACGAGUGAAUAUAAUAAUCUUACAUCAUGUUGGGAGAUUAGUUAUCUAUUUGUACAGAAGGCUAUGCAUUCUAGAAUUAUCAAAAUUCAGGAAAUGGGUGAAUAAAAUCAGUGAUUAUUAUCUCAAACGUAUCGUUAUUUCAGUUAUAAAGUAAGGGAAAUGGAGCAUUCUCUAUAGAACAGAGAAGGUGAAGAGUUUUAAUAGAAAAGUGUACAUUUAUGAGAGGUUUUGAUGGAGUAUUUAGGAUAAAAUAUUUAAACUGUCAAGAAGAUUCAAAAUUAAAAUGAUUGGUAAAAGAAUGAGGGGAGAGAUGGAAACUAGGUUUGGACAGGAGCGGUAGUGAUUAGGAAUGCACUGCCUUAAAGUUUGGUGGAAGUGGACACGACACAGUAGGAGCUUCCAAAUGGGUUUUUGAUAAAUCCUUGAAGGGGAUGUUAUAGAGGCUUGAAGUCUGUCAAAGAGUUGGAUUGGUACAAUGGGCUGAAUGACCUCCUCCUGUGCUGUAAGAUUCUAUGUAAUGUUACCUGUGAAAUCGUGCAAUUGCCUCAUUCAGCUGAUUGGGAGAUAGCAAUUGUGUCGGUUGCCCUACCUACCAAUAGCUUUCUUGCCAGUCCAGCCAAUUUAAAGGCAUAGAACCAAACUGGUUGGAUGGAGCUCAGAUACAGAUCAACUGUGAAUAUUGGAUCAGGCUUUCAGGGGCUGAAUAGCCUCGUCCUGUUAAUAUAGACAUUGUCUAAACAAUCUGUUCAGAGAUGUUAUGACUCACCUCAGGAACAGGUGGGACUUGAUCCUGGACCUCUUGGUUUUGAUCCUGGACCUCUUGGUUCAGAGCCAGCGCACCAUAAGAGGCAUCCUCCAGUUCAUGUAUAACCAUAUUUUGUUAAUCAUAUGCAUGUACAGCCUACAAACUGUGAUAAAAUCAAUUUGUAAUUAGUGAUAUCAUGCUUUUCUUCUUUACAAUUCCUGAACUUCAUGCCAAAUUAAUUUCUUCCAAUUUAUCAGGCUCUAACCUUUUUGCCCUGCAGUGUAGGUUGUUGUGCUUGUUUCAAAUUUGGCAUUCUUGUACUUGUCCUGAUGAAUGCAAGUCAAGGAGCUUUGUCGAUAUGUGUCCCCUUUCAAUAAAAUGCAAAUGAUUUAUUUAAAAACAGUUAAACUCUUAGCUUCAGGAUCAAAGAAGGCUGCAAUUUGCAGAGAAUUUACUCUCAUCCUUCUCCCUACAGUGGAGGGGUAAGUCUAGGGUGAAAUGAAGAAGAUUGUUACCAGCAGUGCCCCAAAUCUGUCUGACCAGUGUCUGCUGCACAUUUAGUGCUUUCCUGACUUCAUUGGGUGCACUGCACUUUGCUUGUUCGCGGAGUUGAUUAACCAUGGCUGUCACUAGGAAUGGUCAAUGUGAUGACCGGAAUAGUCAAUGUGAUGACCUGAAUACCUGCCUAUGGGACAGGUGUUUGAUUUGGCCUUGAUCAUACAUGCAAGAUUAUGAGGGGAGCUUGACAGGGUACAUAUUGAGAAGAUGGUUCUGUUAUUGGGGGCAUCCUGAACUAAGGUACCGCUAACUAAGGUUAGCACCGCUGCCUCUCAGUGCCAGGGAUAAAAUGGCAGGGGAUAUUAGACAACUUUGAUUAUGCCACUUAGAUUACAGUAUUUUUCAAACAACUAGAUCCAGUCUGCUGCUCCACUAUAGUUUUCAUUCCCAGGGCAUUCUUUUUUAAAUUUCAGGCAUCAUCUGAAGACUGUACCAUCCAGCUAAACAUUUCACUACUUUAAUCUGACAGUUUUCUUUACCAUAAAUGAUUAGGCUAUAACUUGACCUUCUCAGAUAAUCCAUUGGCUACUAUUAGGACCUUGAGAAGUCCAAAGGCCAAGCGCUAUGCUGGUGUGAACUGUUGACAUUCAUUGUUUACAACUGUGCAUAAGCAUGUUUGAGUUCGGCUUCUCUAGGUCUCAGUCUUAUGUUAACAGAUAGCAUGAUGGUAUAGCUCCAUACACACGUGAACAGUCACUGUUGUAAGGAUAUUGUUCUGCUUAAUCCUUUACUUCACACUCAUAGAGUCACAGAGUCAUACAGCACGGAAACAGACCAUUCAGUCCAAUCAGCCCAUGCUGACCAUAAUCCCAAACUAAACUAGUCUCACCUGCCUGCUCUUGAUCCAUAUCCCUCCAAACCUUUCCUACUCAUGUACUUAUCUAAAUAUCUUCUAAAUAUUGUAACUCUACCUGCAUCCGCCACUUCCUCUGGGAGUUCAUUCCACACAUGGACCACUCUUGGUGUAAAAAUGUUGCCGCUUAUGUUGUUAAAUCCUUCUCCUCUCACCUUAAAAAUAUGCCUCAUCUUUUUUUUAAAAAAAUCAUCCACAGGCUGGUUAGGUUGCAUUUAUUGCCCAUCCCUAAUUACCCAGAAGGCAGGUAAGAGUCAACCACAUUGUGGUGGGUCUGGAGUUACACGAGUCCAAACCCAGCAUAUUUCUUCCCUGAAGGACAUUGGUGAACCAGAUAGAUUUCCCCGACAAUGGUUUCAUGAUCAUCAUCAAGCGUUCAAUUGUCAUUGUGUUCGUGUUCUGCUGUCUGCCGUGGAAAUAUUUAAAUCUGUGUCCCCAGGAUGUUAAAACAAAAAGAACUGCAGAUGCUGGACGUCUGAAACAAAAGCAGAAAUUACUGGAGAAACUCAGCAGAUCUGCCAGCAUCUGCGGAGAGAAUGCAAAGUCAAUGUUUCAGGUCCAUUGACCCUUUGUCAGAACCAGAAGCAGUUCUGAAGAAGGGUGUCAGAUUAGAAUUGUUGGUUCUGUUUUCUCUCCACAGAUGCUGCCAGACCUGCUGAAUUUCUCCAGCAAUUUCUGUUUAUGUUGCAAGGGAAAUUACCUGGGUUUCUAGUCCAGUAGUAAUACUGUGGGGCCAUUACAUCCCAUGAUCUCCUCACCACCUUUUGCUAAUAUAUAGUAUUAGUCCUGAACAGACAAUACUGAUCAAUUUAACAGCAUGGAGUGAAGGCCUUCAGCAAAGGAAGUUCAAUGUUUUUUUUUCUGUUUCUGUAACUAACUGCACACUAAUAAUAUUGAGAGUAUUCUUUGUCUUAAAGCAGCAAGUCAAUAGAUGCUUAUUAAAAGUCCCAGGAAUAAUGGGACAUUUUCCAUUCAUAUAUUUCGCCAAAAUUUGUGCAGUGUUGAGGAAAAAGAUUUUACUGAGUUUGUGGAAAAAUUGUUGGUUUUGUUUUGAAAUAGAGAGUGUCACAAUUCUAACUGAAAAUUAACUUAGUACAUGUGCGUGCAGUCAACAGGAGUUAUCACUGAGGAAAGCAUAAUAUCACGAAUUAUAAAUUUAUAUUAAUUUACCACACAGCCUAGUGCUGAGUUUGCAUUUGUAAAUUUUGCAAACCAUGCUGGCAAAUUAGGAAUGGGAGUAGGCCAUUCAACUCUUCAAGCAUGUCCUACCAACCAAUGAAAAAUCAUUAUGUGUCACAAUCAUGCUAACAUUGGGAUAUGUGUUUGAUUCCUAAUUUUGUAAAGAUACAUAUUUAGCAUGAGAUUUUUUUUGAAUUGUGAUAUGUAUGUAACAAUAAUAACCAGAGCUGUAUCUAUAUUGAUGUGUCAAAUUAUGUUUUGCUG